AUGGCGAUGGCGAAAAAGCUCGGUUUCAUUGUCAUUCUAUCAAUGUCUCUCCUAAUCGUCGAAUUCUCUCGCGCUCAGGAGUUGGAUUCUCCAUCACCGGCUAUCUCACCGGGACUUGAGACCCCAGCGGAUUCUCCUCUGCCACCGUCUUCUUCACCGGAAUCAGAUUCCUCUCCAUCACCUGUUUCAUCAUCGGAAUCAGAUUCAUCUCCAUCACCGGAAUCAGAUUCAUCCCCAUCACCGGUUUCAUCACCGGAGUCAGAUUCAUCUCCAUCACCGGUUUCAUCACCGGAAACAGAUUCCUUUCCACCACCGGUUUCAUCACCGGCACCUGAAUCCCAAACGGAUUCUCCACCACCGCCUCCUCCUGCUCAGCUGAAAUCUCCGUCACCAUCUCCAUCUUCAUCUGCGACGUCUCCCGGAUCAGCACCUGUUCCUGCUCCGUCCGACGAUGCCGACGAUGACGAUGCCGAUACGGAGACAGAGUAUUUCCCUUCUCCAACACCAUCGCCGGAAGUGGGACAAGCACAGGAAAUCAGAGCAAGCGAGGACGGAGAGGAACUCGACGAAGAGAUAGGCGAAGAUAAUGGGAUGAGCGGAUUGAAGAAAGCAGGGAUCGCCAUUGGAGCAAUACUCGGAGUAGGAGCGAUUGUAAUCGGAGCUCUUGUUUACAAGAAACGAAAAGAUAACUUAUCCAGAGCUCGUUACACUUACUUUCACCAAGGAGAAUUCCUUUAA